AUGUCGAGCACGGUCAAUGAGAAGACCAAGAAGAAGAUCUUGGAUGCAAGGAUUCCUGCCCUUAUUAGGAAUGGAGUGCAAACUAAGCAGAGAUCGUUUAUCAUUAUGGUUGGUGACAAGUCUAGGGACCAAAUCCCAAACUUACAUUAUCUUAUGAUGAACUCGGACUUGAAGAUGAACAAAUCGAUUCUUUGGGCAUAUAAGAAGAAACUUUUGGGCUUCACCUCACACAGAAAGAAGCGGGAGAAGAAGAUCAAGAAGGAUAUCAAGAGGGGAAGAAGAGAGCCGAAUGAGCUCGAUCCGUUUGAAGCAUUCAUUUCCAACCAGCAGAUCAGGUACGUGUAUUAUAAGGAGACAGAGAAGAUCCUUGGUAAUACGUACGGAAUGCUUAUAUUACAGGACUUUGAGGGAUUAACCCCUAACUUAAUGGCCCGGACGAUUGAAACUGUCGAAGGUGGAGGAGUUAUCGUCAUGCUCUUGAAGUCGAUGUCAUCUUUGAAGCAGCUUUACACGAUGACCAUGGAGGUUCACUCCAGAUAUCGUACCGAGGCACAUAACGAUGUUGUUGCCAGGUUUAACGAGCGAUUUUUGCUGUCUCUUGCUGAUUGCAAGACGUGUCUAGUUGUUGACGAUACUCUUAAUGUUCUUCCUGUCUCCGGGGCUCGGAAUGUUAGAAGACUACCCCCGGCAGAUGAAGAGGAGAUAUCGCCAAAGCAGAAGGAGCUAGCAGACCUAAAGGAGAGCCUUGCCGAUACUCAGCCGGCAGGAUCGUUAGUUUCUCUUUGUAAGACAGUCAACCAAGCAGAGGCCGUUUUAAGAUUUAUCGAUGCGAUAGCGGAAAAGACUUUUAACACCACGGUGACACUUACAGCUGGAAGAGGACGUGGUAAGUCUGCUGCUCUCGGUAUUGCGAUUGCCGCCGCGGUCUCACAGGACUAUUCGAAUAUAUUUGUCACUUCACCUUCACCUGAAAACUUGAAGACGUUGUUUGAGUUCAUCUUCAAGGGAUUCGAUGCCAUGGGCUACGUUGAACACGCCGACUACGAUAUCAUCCAGUCGACCAACCCGUCGUUCCAUAAAUCAAUCGUGAGGGUUGAUGUGAAGAGAUCCACGCACAGACAAACCAUCCAGUACAUUUCACCAACCGACAGCCAGGUAUUGGGCCAGGCCGAGCUCUUAAUCAUCGAUGAGGCUGCAGCAAUCCCUCUUCCUCUUGUGAAAAAGCUCCUUGGCUCGUAUCUCGUGUUCAUGUCAUCCACAAUAAACGGUUACGAGGGUACCGGACGGUCGCUCUCACUCAAGUUGAUCGAUCAAUUGAGGAAGCAGGCCAAGAGUGUUGUCAAGGAUGAUGGGGAGGUGAUAGAAAACCCAUCCACGCGUUUGAUUCCUGGCAACGGCACUUCGUUGGACGUUCGUGCAAGAAAACUUGUGGAGGCUACUUUGAGUGAGCCCAUCAGAUACGCUCCGGGAGACCCAGUGGAGGCAUGGCUUAACAAGCUUCUUUGUCUUGAUGUGAAGGUCGACAAAAAUACAAAGUACGUAACAAGGGGAUGCCCACAUCCAAGCAAGUGCAGUCUUUUCUACAUUAACCGGGACACACUUUUCUCCUAUGAUCCCGUCAGUGAGGCCUUCUUGCAAAAGAUGAUGGCUUUAUUUGUGUCUUCGCACUACAAGAACUCGCCCAACGACCUCCAGUUGAUGUCCGAUGCUCCAGCACACCAGCUAUAUGCACUAUUUGGCCCCGAUGCUGGCAAAGACGGAAGCAUUCCAACUCCGCUUUGUGUCAUCCAGCUUGCCUUGGAGGGCGAGAUCUCAAAGGAGAGUAUCAGAAGAAGUUUGAGCCGCGGUUUGCGUGCUGGAGGUGAUCUGAUUCCAUGGCUAGUCUCGCAACAGUUCCAGGAUGAUGACUUUGCAUCUCUCUCUGGUGCAAGAGUCGUGCGAAUAGCCACACAUCCGGAUUUCCAGAAUAUGGGAUACGGCUCAAGAGCAUUGGAGCUUUUAUCGGACUACUUUGAGGGGAAGUUUGCAGAUAUAAACGAGUCCAAGACGAUUGACGACAGCAAGUAUGCCAUCAAGCGUCUUUCUGAUAGUGAACUCAAGAAAUCAAGCUUGAAGGAUAAGAUUGCUCCAAGAAAGGGCGACGAAUUGCCUCCGUUGUUCAUCAAUCUCUCGCACAAAUCGCCUUAUUAUCUUCACUACAUGGGUGUGUCCUAUGGAUUGACGGGUUCGCUUUUGAAGUUCUGGAAAAGAUCAGGGUACAGUCCGGUCUACCUUAGACAAACAGCCAAUGAUCUUACUGGAGAGCACACAUGCGUAAUGCUGAAGGUUCUUCCUGAAAGAGAGGACAAGUGGUUAAAGGCAUUCAGCAAGGAUUUCCAUAAGAGAUUCCUCAGCUUGCUUUCAUACAAUUUCAAAGCCUUUGACUGCGUGCAGUCGCUAAGUUUGAUAGAUGCAACAAAAAUAGGAGGCAGCGUUUCAGGCAAGGGUGAGUUGUCACGUGAAGAUUUAGACGAGACAUUCACUCCAUUCGAUCUCAAGAGACUGGAGUCGUACGCAAACAACUUAUUGGAUUACCACGUUAUUUUAGAUUUGGUGCCUGAUAUCUCGGAACUUUACUUCAAGGGAAGACUAUCGGACACCGUUAAGCUUUCGCACGUCCAACUCGCUAUUCUCUUAUCGGUUGGUCUUCAGAGGAAAACUGUGGAGGAUGUGGCUAGAGAGUUGAAUAUAGAGCAAAAUCAAGCUCUAGCCAUGUUUGCCAAAGUUGUCAGGAAGAUAUCUCUUCACUUUGGAGACAUUCUAAAGAAAUCCAUCACCAAGACAUUGCCACCUCUUGAAACAGAGGAGGAAAAGACAGAUGGUUUAGCCAGUGCAGAUCAGGCAGAAUUUGAGAUGGAGCAAGAUCUCAAUACUGCGGGUAAAAAGGCAGUUGAUGAGGUGAAAACCAAACAGAACGAGCUAAUCAAUUCUCUCAAGCUUGACAAGUACGAGAUAAAAGAUGAUUUGGACGACGAAUGGAAUGCAAACAAGCCAGAACUAGCCAAGGCUGCUAAAGUUAAGGGAACUGUGAGUAUAAAGAGCGGAAAAAAGAAGAGAGCCAGAAAAUCCGCCGAAGAAAUAUAUAAGGAAGAGAUAAAUGGUGCACAAGGUGGAAAUAGGAAGAAGAGAAGGCAUCACAAAUAA